AUGGCUUCAGAGCCCGACAAUACCCCGUCCCCAUUUCCUCUCACAGCGGUGGAUCAGUCUGUCCUGGCUAUGACAGAUGACCAAUUCCAUCCACAUACAUGGGAAGAAUUGAAACAGAUCAUUGCUGAGCAUAACCUCAGCGUCCUCAAAAGGUGGCCCUCCGACUUGAGACGCUACAUCAAGUGGUCCAGCCAAACAAAGGUAACCUAUGGCACCAUCCCCAAUUUUGUCAUGAGGGAACGACUGAAAUGGACCCCGUUACCUUCAUCGACUCCGGAAACGGGACCAAGAUUCGCCGUCAAGAAUCCGGUCCCAUUUGCAGAUGAGGCAGAUUAUAAGAUUCUGGUUAACGACUGGCCGUACGGUCUGGCGCCUGGUAUUAGGCACAUGAUUGUGUGGCUGAAGACUCGAUUGGAGUCGGAGCCUACUAGAGGCGACAUGACACCCAAAUCAAGACAGCAAGUGGAGGAUUUCAUCCAGUCUACCUUUGUCGACCGAGUCAAGGAAUUGCCAGGUGAGCAGGAAAAAGUCAUGUGGUUCAAGAACUGGACUGCAUUGCAAUCUGUGCCGGGAAUGGAGCAUGUCCACGUGUUGGUAAGAGACGUCCCAGACGAUAUCAUUCGAGACUGGACAGGCGGAGAUCAACCUAUAAACAAUUAG